AUGGUUUCGUGGUCUAGUUGGUUAUGGCAUCUGCUUAACACGCAGAACGUCCCCAGUUCGAUCCUGGGCGAAAUCAAAUCUUAUCUUUUUUUUGCACUGGCUGCACUACCAGCCACCCAUGUGUGUCAUCUGGAUGUUUAA